GUAGUGUUGUAGAAGAUGGAGACUCUGAAAGCUGCCAUUCCAGAAGCCCUUAAGCGAGUGAUCGGAGAGAGCACUGUCGAUGAUCUUCGCAGCACAUGUUCUUCUCUUCACCGCUUUUUGGUUCAUUUCGAGCCAUUUCAGAAGAUGGUGGCCGAAUUGGCGGACCCUAAGUAUGCUCUUUGCGGUAAGAGUAAGGACGCUGCGUUGAAAUCCAAGCAGCUUGGCAAUCAGUACUUCUCCAACGCAAAUUAUGCGAAGGCUUUGUAUUCCUAUACUCAGGCAUUGCGCAGGGCACCUUUAGAGGCUGGUAACAUGGAAAAUAAUCUGGUGGCAAUGUUGUAUAUCAACAGAGCUACUGUAUUACAUAAAAUGAGUCUUUUAAUAGAAUGUUUGCGAGAUUGCUCCCGAGCUCUUCAGAUAUGUCCAAGCUAUGCAAAGGCAUGGUACAGGAGAGGUAAGGUGAAUGCAUCAUUGGGAAAUUAUAAAGAUGCAAUCUACGACCUAAAUGUGGCUAAGAGUGUGGAGUCAUCAAUAGGUGGGAAGAGACAAAUAGAAAGUGAGCUGAAAAUUAUUUUUGACCAAUGCAAGAGCACAAGCACAGUAGUACAGCAUAAGGAGAAUAGCUUGAAGACAGUGGGUGAGAUGCCCCGAAUAAAGCUACAGUGUGUCUCCAUGCCUGAUAAAGGAAGAGGCAUGGUGUCCUCAUGUGACAUUUCACCAGGUUCUUUGGUUCAUGCUGAAGAACCUUAUGCUAUGAUAAUAUCAAAGCAAUGCCGGGAAACCCAUUGCCAUUUUUGCUUGAAUGAACUACCUGCUGAUAGAGUUCCUUGUAGUUUGUGUUCAAUACCAUUUUAUUGCUCCAACCAAUGUCAAAUACGGGCAGGCGGGCAAAUGUUCAGGAUUUAUCCAGAAGAAAAUGCCAUUCUUAAAAAUUUACCCAGUGAUCUUGGAGAAUAUGCUGCUGAAGUUAUUCAAGGCAAUGAUUCUGAACUAGAAAUUGAUGAUAUUACAGAACAUAACCAUGAAUGUCAAGGUGUACAUUGGCCUGCAGUACUUCCAUCUGAGAUAGUUUUGGCUGGCCGAAUACUAGCUAGGUUUUCACUGAAAAGCACGUCUGAAGAUAUUUCAAACUUUGUUGAAAGGCUGGAGCUUUCUCAUUGUUACAAUCAUAUGCCAUCUGAAAGCAAAUUGGAUUCACAUAUAUACGCAAUGGUGUUAUUAUACUGUCUUCAACACUCUUAUGGCACUAUAUUUUCCAUAGAUGGAAUCUCUAUGUCACAGGUUGUCAUAAUUAUUUCUCAAAUUAAAGUGAAUUGUAUGACUGUUGUUCGUUUAAAAUCAAUAGACGCCCGUGGACGAUCAGAUCAGUUUGGAGAAUUUCCAUUUCAAUCCAGUGCAUAUUUAACUAGUAAUGUGGAACAGGUCAGAGUGGGUAAAGCUAUUUAUAAAGCUGGCAGUUUAUUCAACCAUUCUUGCCAACCAAAUGUUCAUGCAUAUUUUAUUUCACGUACACUCUAUUUACGAACCACAAAAGUUGUAGCAGCUGGGUGUCAGCUAGAAUUGUCUUAUGGUCCACAGGUUGGGUUGUGGGAUUGUAAAGAUCGCCUUAAUUUUCUCAAAGAUGAAUACAUAUUUCAUUGUCAGUGUACUGGUUGUUCAGAAGUCAAUCUGUCUGACAUUGUCCUCAAUGCUUUUCAUUGUGUCAAUACAAAUUGUUCUGGCGCAGUGUUGGAAAGCAGAGUACUUGACUGUGAAAAGCAGAAAAUCAAACACUUCUCUAUUGAUGAUAAAGUUGACAAGAAUGAUGACAUUUAUGAAGUUUGUCUUCAUGCAUUAAACGAAAAUGACGCCUCCAUUCAUAUUCAACCUGGAUACUGUUUGAAAUGUGGCUCUUACUGUGAGUUGGAGUCUUCACAUGCUGCAGUUGAUAAAGCUUUAAUAACCAUAAAAAGGUUGCAGGAUGCAAUACUGUCAAGAGAGAUUUCAAAUACUACUAUUUCAGAUGCUUUGAGAUCUCUUCGUUUGCUGAGAUCAAAUUUGCAUGCAUACAACAAACUUAUUGCAGAGGCAGAGGACAACCUUGCCCAGGCUUUUUGUUUAGUGGGAGAAUUACAACCAUCUAUGGGCCAUUGUAAAGCAUCUAUCCAGAUUCUGGAGAAGCUAUAUGAUCCUGAUGAUAUUGUUAUUGCUUAUGAACUUGUGAAGCUUUCUUCCAUCCAACUUUCCUUGGAUGAUGGUGCUGCUGUGGACAGCAUAAGUCGAAUAGGUGAUAUCUUCUCGCGUUUUUAUGGACUUCAUGCAGACUUGGUCUUCCCAUAUCUUCAAUAUCUUAGGAGAGAGAUUGAGAAUUUUUCAGUGAAGGCUCUCCAAUCAAAUGCUUUUCCAGCAAAAUGAGCUAUAAAAUCAGUGUGAGGUACAAUCAACAAUCUCAGUUUAAAUGACAGGUAAUUUGAUAUGCAAGGCCUACAAUAGUCAACGACCUCAAGAAAGAUUACUCAAAGCUCAUCCGUGCAGUUUGGCAGUCAAUACUUGCGCAUAGAUAAGAUGGAGGCUUUGAAUUGCUAUACCCAGGCUUGAGAAGCAUUUUGAGACAGGUGCACAUGGUUUGUGUCUAACCUAGGAAUGCUCUGGACAUUUGGCACGCUGCAGGGCUGUCUCAGGCAGGAUGAAAGGAUUCGGCAUAGGCAGAAUCACGCUGCUAGUAUACCAAUUGAUGACUUAGGAGUGUACUCGUCGUCUAUAAUCCGCGAAUUGAGAUUUAUGAUGCCCAAAUUAUGAUGGGAAUAUGCCAUCUAUGUAUAAAGUUAGAUUUAACGAGUCCAGUUCAUCCUUUUGUAGCACUACUGGGAGUGUGGAUUCGAACAUGGGACUUCAACUUAUGGAGCAGCCCUUCCGUAUUUUCGGUGAUAUGUAGAAGAUUACAGGAGAGAGAAAGUUGUGUGUUGUCGCAUAUUGAACGAGCAAGGCUGCCUUUGAGCAGAAGUGGAGGAUAGGUUUGAUUAAAAGUUGAACAAUUUCAUGAUCUGACAAAUUCGACCGAAACUAAUGAUUGGAGUUAGGUUUGGUAGU